AUGGUCUCGAACGAGGACGCAUCUGCUGCCAUCGGCGAGCUCAUCAAGACCCAGUCGGCGGAGGUUCGACAGACUCACGCUUCGAUCCCGCUCAACAUCGACGAAGCAUUCGCGUGCGGCGAGGCAGACUUGAAGGGAAAGGUGGUCGUCGUGACUGGAGCAGGCAGCGGCUUUGGAAGGGGCUUCUCGCUGAAGGCAGGACAGUACGGGGCGAAGGUGGUCUUGUCGGACUUGCGGAAGGAGUCGGUGCAGAAGGUCGCGGACGAGAUCGUCUCGAAGGGAGGGAAAAGCGACCACUAUUGCCUGCAACGUGACCAAGUGGGAGGACCAAGUCAAGAUCGCCACGCUCGCGACACCUACGGCCAUGUCGACAUCGUCGUUGCGAACGCUGGUAUCGCUGAGCCACCGACCGCUCGCUUCCUAGACUUCCGUACCGAGAAUGGCGAGCCUACCAAACCGGCACUGCCUACCAUAGACGUCAACUUGAUUGGCCUGAUGUACACCGUCAAGCUCGCCUUCUUCCACCUGCGCGAGAAUCCCGCGAAGGACGGAAAGUCGAUCGUGCUUCUCGGCUCAAUGGCGUCGUUCAUGGGUAUCCCCGGAGCACCGGCUUACGGCGCGACGAAGCAUGCGGUACUCGGCUUGAUGCGGUCGCUGUACUUCGACGCCCGAGUCUACGGAAUUCGUAUCAACACCGUCCACCCCUUCUUCGUCAAGACCAACAUCUUCGGCCUCAUCCCGACCCUCCUCCUCACCGGCAUCCCUCUCCCUACGGUUGACGACGUUGUUGCCGCCAUGACCGCCGCCGCUUGCAAGACGUCCAGCAACGGCUCGGCGUUCGUUGUAGACUUUAAAGGCAUCCUUGAGAUCCCGUUCUCUGCAAGUGCAUCAGAAGAGAACGGCGGCUAUUACGCCAUCUUCGCCCAGCGCGCGCAAGGUGCCUUGUCACUCGGCAAAUACGUCUUUGACAUCGUUGCGGCGUUCGCUGGAGUCUUGAGCGGACGCAGGCCGUUGCAGUAG